GAUAUGCUGUCUUUUGAAGAUCAAAUAUUUAUAACACUUAUGAAAAUGAGACACAAUUACAACAAUCUCCAUUUAGCACAGCUUUAUAAUUGCAGCACUGCUACAAUUGCAAACAUUGUCAUCACAUUUCUCCAUGUAUUGAACCAGCUYUUGUACAAAGACAUCAUGGAAACACAGGUGCCAUCAAGAUUCAAGAAUAAGACUUCACUCCCUGGAUCAUUUAGUUUAUUUGGGAACUGCAGGAUGGUCAUYGAUUGCACUGACAUUGAAGUUGCGAYGCCUAGCCUAAUGAGURAUCAGAAACUGACUUAUUCAACGUAUCGUAGCAUGAACUCAUUUAAGACUAUUGUUGGUGUUGCACCUAAUGCAGUAGUGACUUAUGUUAGUAAGCUAUUUCCAGGAUCAGUAUCUGACAARGCAAUUGUACAAGAGUCAGGUAUACUCCAGCACUUUGUUGCUGGAGACUUAAUUCUUGCUGACAAAGGAUUUUUGAUCAAUGACAUUGUACCAAGAGGGGUUGAUGUCAACAUUCCACCAUUUCUUAACAAUGGAAAAUUUACAGAAAGUGAAGUGAAACUAACCAAGAGCAUUGCAAAAUGUCGCAUACAUGUUGAGCGUGCAAAUGCACGAUUGAAAGACUAUAAGAUUUUAAGUUUCAUUCCUCCUUACUUGAGGUGUUAUUCUGACAAGAUCUUUCAGCUAUGUGCUGCAUUGGUUAAUCUUCAGAAUCCUCUCAUCAAAGAAAUAAAUGGGACAAUUGACUUUGAUUAACUGAACACAUUAUAAAGUUUAAUGUAUACAGAAAAUACAUGUGAAUAUAAAUGUUAACAAUGACACCAAAAUAUAUCUAUUUUCAUAAAAAUGCUGUAAAACAUGUUCAACACAAAUCUUUGAUAAUAUUACAUUCACGUUCACAU